AUGAGAGCCGGAAGAUCGAAUAAUCCUGCCACCGGAAAGUCUAGCGCGGCGGCCAAAGGCAACAAGAGGAAGUGGGACCUUAUGGUCGCGGAUGAGACUUCGGAAGAGUACCAGAAGGGACUGCAGGUCUUCAAGGACAAAUUCGCCAACGUGACCUUUACGGACGAGCAGAAUAAUGCCAUCCAGGCCUUUUCCGCGGGGCGCAACAUCAUGCUCUCUGGUGUCGGCGGUGUGGGCAAGUCUAUGACCACGCAAUAUCUCAUCGGACUGUCGCGCUACGAGCACAAGGUGCCCACUCUGCCGAUGGGAUCGACUGGCUGCGCGGCCAACAUCAUCGGGGGCGUCACUUUCAACUGCGGCGUCGGCUUUGGACUCUUGAACAAGUCGGUGCGAUUCUACACCAACAAGAUCGACAAGGGCGAGUUCAAGCAUCAGGUGGAAGAAUGGACCAAGGUCAAGCGCGCCUUUAUCGACGAGAUCUCGAUGCUUCAUCCGAUAGCGUUCUACAAGGCCGACCGCAUCAUCCGUCACAUCAGGGGCAAGAUCAAUCCCGAGUAUGCCAAGUUGCCAUUUGGCGGUGUCCAACUGGUGUGCAUCGGCGAUUGGGGACAAUUGCCACCCGUGCACAAGACGCCACGCGGCCACCGCCCUCGCAUCGACGACGGAUACUGCGAAUUUGUCUUUGAGUUGGAUCUGUGGAAGGAAUUCGACUUUGUCAACGUCCAGUUGACCGAGGUCCAUCGCCAAAAGGACGAACACAUGGUGCGCAUGCUCAACUGCGUGCGCAUGGGCAUCAUCACGUCCGAAGUGGAAGACUUUUUCAAGUCGUGCGCCAACACGGUAUUUCCCGAUGAUGGUAUAGAGCCGACAAUCCUCUACGCGAAAAACAAGCCGGUCAUCGAAGAGAACCAGCGUCGUAUCAACAGUCUGCCCGGCAAGCCGUACACGUAUUCCUCCAAGAAUGGCUAUACUGUCGAACCCGAGUUUAGAUCAGACCACAGCAUCAUGCGCAAAUUCUCCGAUCUGAUGCUCAAGGACAAGGCCCAAGUGCUCUUGAUCCGCAACAUCAGAGGCACCGACUAUUUCAACGGCAUGCGUGGAGUCAUUGUCGGAUUUGACGAGGACCCUGCGGAAAAGGAGAUGCAACAGGCGUACGAGCGCGAAUGCAAGCGACUCAAGUCUGUGGCCGAAAAAAAGAAAGAAAGCGAGGGCGAGAGCAAGAGCGACGAGAAAGAGGAAUCAGCAUCCGGAGACAGCGAGAAGAACGAGAAAAAGGAACUCGCCCUUCCGCCGCCACCAAAGAAGAGCGGGAUGCUUUAUCCCAAAGUCAAGUGGGAAGAUGGAACUACAUCGGUGGUGCUUCUCGAGCGCUGGGAGGUCGAGGAGGAAGAGAUCGGAUACGCCUACCACGAACAGAUUCCUCUGGUCCUGGGAUAUGCGCAAUCGAUGCACAGCGUGCAGGGUGCCCAGAUGUCUAGGGUCAUUGUCAACUUUGACGGCAUUUUUGCACCCGGCCAGGCCUACAUCGCCCUGUCGCGCGUCACGUCCAAGGAAGGCCUCAGAGUAAUUGGAUUCCACGUAAAGUACAUCACGGUGCAUCCCAAAGUGCGCGAGUAUUAUCGACUCGGCAUGGUGUGGCCCUACCCACUCGAUGUCCACACCUGCAAUCACUUUGAUCCCGACCCGCUGGGCGAACAAGACGAAAAGCGCAUCGAAGGCAUCCUCAAGCAAAAGACAGCGGCUUUUGUGGACAGUCGCGCGACCGGCCGGCCGCCGUCCACCGGCACUUGGAAAAGGGAGGACCACUUUCAAAAGCGCUCGACACAGUUUCUGAAUCACUUCAAGACCAACGUGAUGGCGCCACCCGAGACCGCUUCAGCCGUUGCCGGAGGACCCGGAGGAAGGGGCCGUCCCCAGUGGAAGAAGAGGUCCUUUGAAUAA